GGAGAGCGAGUGCAGAAGUUGUAUUCUCUUAUCAUACGCAUCAGGAUAAGAGGGUACAAAGUUAUGGAGGUUAUCAGAGGUAGAUUAUUAUUUGUUUUAUAGACUUUUUUUUACUCACUGAGAUUUAGGACAUCGGCAGUUUGGAAUAAUCUUUUUUUCCCUCCACCUUACUUUGCAUCAUUCAUCCAACAUGCCCGGCUUUGGGGUUUGGAUUUACGCAGUGUGGAUUUUACUUUUUAGCCUUUUCCACGUGAGCCUUUCAAACUAUUCCGAAGACCAGUGCAGCUGGAGAGGCAGCGGUUUGUCCCAGCAGCAGGGCAGCGUGGAGCAGAUCUCUCUCCACUGCUCUGAGGGCACACUGGACUGGCUUUAUCCCAAAGGAGCCCUGCGCCUCACCCUGUCCCCGCGCCUGCCCUCCAUGGUGGUGGGCCCCAGCGGCAGCAGCUCUGGGCUCAUCACUGCCUGCGUCAAGCCCUCUGAGGAGUUCCACGGAGCCCAGCUCUACCUGGAGAGAGAUGGGGUCCUCGAGCUCCUGGUAGGAGACCGCCUGGAAUCCUCCCCCCCGCCGAGGGUGCGCUGCUUCAGCCGCCUGCCUGGGGAGAGGGUGGCCCUCUUCCUGCAGGCUACACCACAUCAGGACAUCAGCAGGAGGAUCGCCUCAUUUCGCUACGAGCUGAGAGGGGACUGGACAGCUCGCCUGUCCCUGGACUCCCACCCUAUUAGCACUGAAGGUGAGUAGGUGAGAGCAGGUUGCACGAGGUCUCCCGUGACUUUAGCAGCAUGCAGUUCUUAAAUCUUGGUGCGAGGCAACAUCAAGUCAGUGGAGGAGGACGAGAACUUAAGAGCGGCCGUGAUCAAGGUCAGCGCCACCCGCGUGUUUCGGCAGAAGUACACGCUGUUCACCGGGAACAGCCGCCUGAGCAGCCGGGGCGAGAUCAGGACUCUGCUCCAGUGUGGCGUCAAACCCGGACCCGGGAGCUUCCUUUUCACCGGCCGAGUCCACUUCGGCGAGGCCUGGCUGGGCUGCGCUCCGCGCUACAAGGACUUCCAGAGGGCUUACACCAUAGCCAAAGCAGCCCAGCAGAUACCCUGCGAGCUGCCCGUAGACUGAGGCAAAAACUCAGCUCGUCUGCUACACAAAAUUGGAAGCUGUGCUGAGCGCCAGGCCAAACUCAGCCCUGUUCCACGUUCGGGAAGAAGCCGAGACGGGCGACUGUCAGCUCGUGUAGUCUUCCCAAAGGCCUGAGGAGUGAAAUGGACUUUUCAGACACCAUUUCAGUGCAAUACGCGGUCACUUGUUGCAAAGAGCCCAGUGGUUUUCGUGACACUGAGGGGGGACACGGCUGAAACGAAGCUUAAGCAGUGAUGCCAUAAAGAUGGUCAAAGUAAAAUGAUGUAAUGAUGAAAAAGCUUUCCAUUAAUUCAGGCCUACUGAGAGUCAUCGCAUUGAAACUUAGGGAAAAAAA